UCUUUAAGCUCACCAUCCCUUCUCUCUCUCUCUCUCUCUCUCUCUCUCUCUCUAAAUCUUCACUCUCUAGAGCUUCGUUCCGCAAGAACUGGCUAACUCACUAGAAAUUCUGGAGGAAUCAAAAAUCCAAAGGGUGGUGCUCGCCCUGUAUGAAGCCUUGAGCGCUCGUGACGUCGACACAGUGCACAAGCUCCUUGCCCCCGACCUCGAGUGGUGGUUCCAUGGCCCCCCCUCCCACCAGUUUAUGAUGCGCCUCCUCACCGGCUGCUCCACCUCCUCGUUCAAAUUCGUGCCCCAGUCCGUCGCCGCCUUCGGAUCCACCGUCCUUGUCGAGGGCUGCGACCACCGCCGCUCCAUCUCCUGGAUCCACGCCUGGACCGUCACGGCGGAUGGGAUAAUCACCCAGGUCAGGGAGUACUUCAACACGUCCUUGACUGUCACCCGAUUCGGCGACGCGGGCCGAUCCUCGCCGUCCGAUUUCUCGUCCGCAUCUUCGUCGUCGAUUAACGCCCUCCAUUGCCCGUCUGUUUGGGAAAGCAGCGUGUCGGAUCGGGUCGGAAUUUCCGUCCCGGGUCUCGUCCUUGCUUUAUAAAUUUGGGUUUUUCUGAAUUUGUCGCUUAUCAUCGCGUGCAGGAGUUUUACACCACAUAUGUGAGAUUGGGAUACUCCUAUUUUGUUGUUUUGUGCGUUUUUGUCGUUUAAGGCGUGGUUGCUUUGUCCGGCGUCAAGCCCGAGGGAACGGACCGGGACAGGAUGUGGACGUUUCCUGAUGUGUGUGUUCUGUGGUUUGUUGGUAAUGGAAUAAAACGUGUUUCAUUUCA